CCGACAUUCCUUCAUUUUCCUAUUUUCCGAUCAACAGUAACUCCCCAUCUGCUGAGAAAUGAUAACAAUAGACUCCAGCAACAUGUCACUCGUUAACUUAUCGAGGUCGGCCCUGGCCCUCCUCCUCGCCGCCAGCACCCUUGCUUGCCCAACCAAAAACAACUCCACUGCCUCCCAGGCCGCCACGGGCAAGGUAGCAACUGGCUACUUUGCCGGAUACCACGCCAAUCGCACAGGCGUCUCCUUUGGCGUUGACCAGAUCCAGUGGGACAGGUUUGACGAUGUCAAGUACGCCUUUGCCGAGACCACGGCAAGCGGCGGCCUGGACCUGAGCCAGUCCGCCCCCGACCAGCUCCCCAAGUUCGUCGAGGCCGCGCAUGCCCACAACGUGAAGGCCCAGGUGGCGAUCGGCGGCUGGUCCGGCAGCAUCUACUUCAGCAGCAGCUUAGGCAGCCCCGAGAACCGCACGGCUUUCGUCAAGACGUGCCUCGACCUGGUGCAAAAAUACAACCUCGACGGCAUCGACUUCGACUGGGAGUACCCUAACAAGCAGGGCUUGGGCUGCAACACCAUUAACGCCAACGACACGGACAACUUCAUCUCCUUCCUGACCGAGCUCCGAAAGUCCCAGCCCAAGCAACUCCUCCUGACCGCCGCCGUCAGUCUGUACCCUUACAACGACGCCUCGGGCCAGCAGAGCACCAACCUCAAGGCUCUGGGCGACGUUCUCGACUACAGCGUCGUCAUGGGCUACGACCUGUAUGGUGCCUGGGCUUCGACCGGUGGCCCCAACGCUCCCCUCGAGAUGUCUUGCGACUCGCGCAACAACCAGGGCGGCAUCAAGGAGGGCAUUGCCAAGUGGAUCGCCGCCGGAUUCCCCGCCGAGAAGACGAUCCUGGGUGUCGGAGCCUACGGUCACGGUUUCACCAUCGGCCAGUCCGACGCCUUCGUCGCCGCCACCGCUGGCGCCACCCCUACCCUAAGCGCAUACCCCAAGAACAACGGCACCCGUCGCCAGGGUGGCAGCUGGGAUGACGACCCAGCCACCGACCAGUGCGGUAACGCCCAGCCCCACGGUGGUACCUUUACCUUCUGGAGCAUGGUCACCGAGGGCAAGUUCCUCGACGAGAGCGGCAACCCGCGCUCUGGUAUUGCGUCGGGAUACGACAACUGCAGCCAGACGCCCUACCUGUACGACAACUCUUCCAGCUGGUGGGUGUCGUACGACAACGUCCAGUCCCUCACCGCCAAGGGCAAGUACAUUACCGACAACAAGCUCGCCGGUUUCUCGGUCUGGGAGAUUGGUGGUGACUACAAGAACAUUGUUGUCAAUGCCAUGCGGUCAUCCGUUGGUCUCAAGGUGUAGAUGUCAGGAUUUGUUUCCGAGUGUACAAUAUUGUGGUAUUUCGUUUGUUAUCCUUAGCCGAG